AUGAGUAGUCCACGCCGCCGCAUCGAGACGGACGUCAUGAAGUUCGUGCACCCUCAGGCCGUCCGACAGCUUCGCAUAUGGCCCUCUCUUUCUUUGUCCUGUUUGACGUUUGCUAACCAGAACCUGUUUUUCGCUACAGGAUGUGCGCACGACCCUCCCCGCCAGCGCCUUGCUAGGCAAGAGUUCUAUGUCCGAUUCAAGGGUCCUGCGGAGACGCCGUUUGAAGGCGGUCUUUGGAAGGUGCAUGUCGAGCUUCCCGACCAGUACCCGUAUAAGUCGCCGAGCAUCGGGUUUGUCAAUCGCAUCUUCCACCCGAACAUUGACGAGCUGUCGGGCUCCGUCUGCUUGGACGUGAUCAACCAGACGUGGUCGCCCAUGUACGAUAUGAUCAACAUUUUUGAGGUGUUCCUGCCGCAGCUGCUACGGUACCCGAACCCCACAGACCCUUUGAACGGCGAAGCGGCUGCCCUGCUGAUGCGGGAACCCAAGAACUACGAUAUCAAGGUGAAAGAAUAUGUCCAGAAGUAUGCUAGUAAAGAGGCGGCCGACGAGGCUGGUGCCGAGUCGGAAGACGACGACGAUAUGUCCUCGGUCGGCAGCUUCGACGAGGACGACGAGGACGAGCCGGCCGGCCAGAUGGAUGACGUAUAA